AUGGCGGAGGAUGGCAGCGAGGAGAUCAUAUUCAUCUGGUGUGAGGACUGCAGCCAGUACCACGACUCCGAGUGUCCUGAGCUGGGCCCGGUGGUCAUGGUCAAAGACUCCUUUGUGCUGAGCAGGGCCAGGUCAUCCCUUCCUUCCAACUUGGAAAUUCGACGGCUGGAAGACGGAGCCGAAGGCGUGUUUGCCGUCACACAGCUCGUCAAGCGAACGCAGUUCGGUCCCUUCGAGUCGAGGAGAGUGGCCAAGUGGGAGAAGGAAUCCGCGUUCCCCCUGAAGGUGUUCCAGAAGGAUGGGCACCCCGUGUGCUUCGACACCUCCAACGAGGACGACUGCAACUGGAUGAUGCUGGUGCGGCCGGCGGUGGAGUCUGAGCACCAGAACCUGACGGCCUACCAGCACGGCAGCGACGUGUACUUCACCACCUCCCGGGACAUCCCCCCGGGCACGGAGCUGCGCGUGUGGUACGCGGCCUUUUACGCCAAGAAGAUGGACAAGCCCAUGCUGAAGCAGGCCUGCUCGGGCGUCCACGCUGCAGGCACCCCGGACAGCAGCACCCCGGUGGAAUCGGAGCCGAGCCCGUGGGUGUGCAAAGUGUGCUCCGCCACCUUCCUGGAGCUGCAGCUGCUGAACGAGCAUCUGUUGGGUCACUUGGAACAAACCAAAAGCCUCCCCCCGGCCAGCCAGCAGGAAGGGGCUCCAGAGAGGGAACCUGAGGGGCCCCGGGGGGAGCCUCCUGCAGUUCCCAAGAGCGUCACCUCCACCAAAGAGCAGAAGAAAAAGCCUCGAAGGGGGAGAAAACCCAGAGCCUCGAAACCGGAACAGAAACCGGAACAGCCAAUGGUCAUCAUUGAAGACAAGGAGCCUGCAGAGCACGUGGCAGAGAUCAUCACCGAGGUGCCCCCGGACGAGCCGGUGCCUGCAGCGCCGGACGAGCACAUCAUGGAGCUGGUUUUGGGGAAGCUGGCCACCACCACCAGCGAGGCCACUUCAGUGCCAAAGUUCCCGCAUCAUCAGAGUGGCAGCAUCACCCUCAAGAGGAGUCUGAUCCUCUCCACCCGGCACGGCAUCCGGCGGAAGCUGGUGCGGCAGCUGGGGGAGCACCGGCGGGUGUACCAGUGCGGCACCUGCAGCAAGGUCUUCCAGAACAGCAGCAACCUGAGCCGGCACGUGCGCUCGCACGGGGACAAGCUGUUCAAGUGCGAGGAGUGUGCGAAGCUGUUCAGCCGCAAGGAGAGUCUGAAGCAGCACGUGUCCUACAAGCACAGCAGGAACGAGGUGGACGGCGAGUACAGGUACCGGUGCGGCACCUGUGAGAAGACCUUCCGCAUCGAGAGCGCGCUGGAGUUCCACAACUGCAGGACAGAUGACAAGACGUUCCAAUGUGAGAUGUGUUUCAGAUUCUUCUCCACCAACAGCAACCUCUCCAAGCACAAGAAGAAGCACGGGGACAAGAAGUUCGCUUGCGAAGUCUGCAACAAGAUGUUCUACCGCAAGGACGUCAUGCUGGACCACCAGCGGAGGCACCUGGAGGGCGUCCGGCGGGUGAAGAGGGAAGACCUGGAGCCCAGCGGGGAGAGCCUGGUGCGCUACAAGAAGGAGCCUUCCGGGUGCCCCGUGUGCGGCAAGGUGUUCUCCUGCAGGAGCAACAUGAACAAGCACCUGCUGACCCACGGCGACAAGAAGUACACCUGCGAGAUCUGCGGCCGCAAGUUCUUCCGCGUGGACGUGCUCAGGGACCACAUCCACGUCCACUUCAAGGACAUCGCGCUGAUGGACGACCACCAGAGGGAGGAGUUCAUCGGCAAGAUCGGCAUCUCCUCCGAGGAGAACGACGACAAUUCUGACGAGAGCGCGGACUCGGAGCCGCACAAGUACAGCUGCAAAAGGUGCCAGCUCACCUUCGGCCGCGGGAAGGAGUACCUGAAGCACAUCAUGGAGGUGCACAAGGAGAAGGGCUACGGCUGCAGCACCUGCAACCGGCGCUUCGCCCUGAAGGCCACCUACCACGCCCACAUGGUCAUCCACCGCGAGAACCUGCCCGACCCCAACGUGCAGAAGUACAUCCACCCCUGCGAGAUCUGCGGGCGCAUCUUCAACAGCAUCGGGAACCUGGAGCGGCACAAGCUCAUCCACACGGUGGGCAAGCAGUGGACCUGCUCCGUGUGUGACAAGAAAUACGUCACCGAGUACAUGCUGCAGAAGCAUGUGCAGCUCACGCAUGACAAGGUCGAGGCACAGAGCUGCCAGCUGUGCGGGACCAAGGUGUCCACCAGGGCCUCCAUGAGCAGACACAUGCGACGCAAGCACCCAGAGGUGCUGGCCGUGAGGAUCGACGACCUGGACCACCUGCCGGAGACCACCACCAUCGACGCCUCCUCCAUCGGCAUCGUGCAGCCGGAGCUGAGCCUGGAGCAGGAGGAUCUGGCAGAAGGGAAGCCCGUGAAAGCCGCCAGGAGAAGCCACAAGAGGAAGCAGAAGCCGGAGGAGGAAGCGGCAGGGGCUCCGGUGCCAGAGGACGCGGCCUUCAGCGAGUUCUCGGAGAAGGAGCCCGCGUUCACAGGCGGCGUGGGCGACGAGACCGACUCUGCCGUGCAGAGCAUCCAGCAGGUGGUGGUGACUCUGGGAGACCCGAACGUGACCACUCCAUCGAGCUCGGUCGGCUUGACCAACAUCACCGUGACGCCCAUCACCACGGCAGCGGGGACUCAGUUUACCAACCUGCAGCCGGUGGCCGUCGGGCACCUCACCACCCCGGAACGGCAGCUGCAGCUGGACAACUCGAUCCUGACCGUGACCUUUGACACCGUCAGUGGCUCCGCCAUGCUGCACAACCGCCAGAACGACAUCCAGCUGCACCCGCAGCCGGAAACCUCGAACCCGCAGUCCGUGGCCCACUUCAUCAACCUGACCACGCUGGUCAACUCCAUCACGCCGCUGGGGAACCAGCUCGGUGAGCAGCACCCACUCACGUGGCGGGCGGUGCCCCAGACGGACGUGCUGCCGGCCCCGCAGCCCCAGGCUGCCCCCCCGCCCGCGGCACAGCCCCAGGUGCCAGCUGAGCAGCAGCAGCAGAUGUACAGCUACUGA